GCGCAGGGAGGGAGGGAGCCAGGUGGCGCUGGACGGUGGCACCGCAUGCGCAGGAGGCCAGGUGCCUGCCGGCUUGUGCUGUGCCGGUAGCACCGCAGGUAGCCCGACGUCCUUAUGGUGCUGUGUCAGAGGAGCGAGGCCGCCGCUGUUCCGGCAGCGGGCGGGAAGGAGCCGGAGGUGCCGCUGAGCCGGGAGGACGAUGCGGGUACGGGGCAGCCUUGCCUCUGCCCGGCGCCCGGCGUCCGGCGUGGAGGCAGCGGGCGCUGAAGAGCGCCGCGGCUGUGGCUGCUGCUCGGGCUUGUCCUGGCUGUGCUGCUGCAAAGCACCUGGAGCAAAGAAGAAAGCUGCGUGUCCAGGACUUGGUCUGUUUUAUACUGUACUGUCUGCCUUCCUUUUCUCAGUGGCCUCUUUAUUUCUUAAAAAAAUAGAAGAUGUACAUUCAGUGGAAGUGAGUGCGUUUCGAUGUAUUUUUCAAAUGGCAUUUGUUCUUCCUGGUUUAAUAUACUACAAAACAGGGUUUUUGGGACCAAAAGGUAAAAGAAUUUUUCUUUUCUUCCGAGGAUUCCUUGGCUCUAGUGCAAUGAUUCUUCUCUACUAUGCUUACCAAGUCAUGCCACUAGCUGAUGCCACGGUUAUAACUUUUAGCAGUCCUGUUUUUACAUCAUUGCUGGCAUGGAUCUUUCUCAAAGAGAAGUACAGUAUUUGGGAUCUUCUGUUUACCCUCUUUGCCAUCACUGGAGUGAUUCUUGUUGCCAGACCACCAUUUCUGUUUGGGUCAAAUGUUACAGGGAUUGAAGGAAGUUAUACAGAACACCUUAAAGGAACUAUAGCAGCAAUUACAAGCACAGUGUCUGCGGCUUCGACUUUCGUUAUACUAAGGAAGGUGGGAAAAUCUGUGCAUUAUUUUUUGUCAAUUUGGUAUUAUGCGGUCAUUGGUUUAAUUGGAUGUGUUAUAGCAUUGUUUGUUAUGAAUGAAUGGCGUUUACCACACUGUGGUAAAGAUAGGGUUCUUCUAAUAUUAAUAGGCUUGUUAGGGUUAGGGGGUCAGAUAUUUCUCACAAAAGCAUUACAGAUAGAGAAAGCUGGACCUGUAGCCAUAAUGAAAACAAUGGAUGUGGUGUUUGCUUUUAUUUUGCAAAUUCUUUUUCUCAAUCAUCUGCCAACUUGGUGGACUGUAGGUGGUGCCCUUUGUGUAGUGGCAAGUAGUUCUGGAACCGCGAUUCGUAAGUGGCGACAAACCUUGAAGAAAGCUAAAGAAAAUGAAAUCUGACAGUGCAGACACUAAUUCAUUACAGAAACAAACAAUCUUGAAAUAUAUAUAUACAAUAUUUGUUUUUAUUUAUUUUAAAUAUCUCUUUUA